AUGUCAACAGAAUCGACGAACCUUACUUCCGAGCUGCCACCCAAUAUCGGCCUGUAUAUAGAUCCAGCUCAUAGGAUCUGGCUUGAAAACGCAUCACCAAGUGUCGAAGAUGUAUGCACUGGUAUCGGUCUUGAGAAUGGUGAGGUUACUGUGGCCAUCAAGUCGACAGGGAUUUGCGGUUCCGAUAUUCAUUUCUGGGAGCACGGCGGCAUCGGUCCAUGGCAAGUGACUGAACCACACAUCUUGGGCCACGAAUCUGCCGGUGUGGUGAUUGCCGUUCAUCCAACCGUUACCAACCUCGCGAUCGGAGACAAAGUCGCCAUUGAACCACACAUAAUCUGCGGGAAAUGUGAGCCAUGUCUGAUAGGUCGCUAUAAUGGGUGCAAGGAUUUGCUGUUUCGGUCGAGCCCGCCCUCUCACGGUCUAUUGCACCCAUACGUGAAUCAUCCCGCUGUAUGGUGUCAUAAGAUCGGGAAUUUGUCUUUUGAUCAAGGGGCUCUUCUUGAACCUUUGAGUGUAGCGCUCACUGCGGCGACUCGAUCGGGAAUUAAGAUUGGUGACCCUGUGCUUAUUUGUGGUGCUGGACCUAUUGGUCUUAUUACACUCCAUGUGUGCAAAGCGGCAGGGGCGUAUCCCGUUGUUAUUUCCGAUAUUGAUGAGUCGCGACUUGCCUUUGCGAAGACUACCAUGCCCCAGGUUAUUACUCAUAGGGUCACCCGGGACGAGACACCAGAACAGUUUGCUGAAACUGUUGCAAAGUCUUUGGGUCAUGUUGAGAUCUCGUUGGCUUUGGAAUGUACUGGUGUUCAAAGUUCCGUCUGCAAUGCUAUUCAAACUGUCAAAUUUGGUGAAAAGGUAUUUGUCAUUGGAGUUGGAAAGGAGAAGAUGGAGAUUCCUUUUAUGCGAUGCAGUGCCAAUGAGGUUGACCUGCAGUUCCAACAACGCUAUGUCAAUAUGUGGCCGAGGGCUAUCCGGGUCUUGCAGAGUGGUAUGGUUGAUCUUGGUAGAAUUAUCACGCAUACUUUCAGGCUUGAGAAUGCGAUCGAGGCGUUUGAGACUGUUGCCAAUCCAAAGAGCGGAUCAAUCAAAGUCCUUAUUCAAUCCUAA